UUUGACUUGGUGGGCGGGACCGUCUAUAGGAAGUGGAAUUGUUGCCCUUGGUGAGGAAACGUGUGUCCGGAUUAGAAACGGCUGAGGAGUAGUUUCUGGGGCUUUGUUCCAGUAUUCCUUGCAGAUGCCUCUCCACAAGUACCCUCCGCGGGUCUGGGAAGCUCUGAAGCUGAAGCAGGGGAUCUACACCCGGCUGCCAGGACACUACCUGCGCUCCCUGCAAGAGAGUCGCCCGCCCGCCGCGGUGCACUGGAAACCCCUGGGGGUCAGCUCCCACGUGAACCCCAAGACAGGGCAUCGUGAGCGGGUGCAGGAUGUUCCCAUCCCUGCCUACUUCCCCCCGGAGUCUCAGAGCGGCAUGUGGGGGGGUGAGGGCUGGAUAGUGGGAUACAGAUACGCCAACAACGACAAGCUCUCCAACCGUCUGAAGAAGGUGUGGAAGCCCCAGCUGUUUAACAGGGAGCUGUACAGUGAGAUUCUCGACCACAAGUUCAAAAUCGCAGUGACGGCGCGCACGCUGGACCUCGUCGACGCAGUUUACGGGUUUGAUUUCUACAUCCUCCGGACUCCACAGGAAGACUUGAACUCCAAGCUGGCGAUGGAUUUGAAAAGGGCCAUGCUGUUGCGACUGGCUUGCAAAGACACUGAGAUGUACCCUGAAAACCCAGCAAAGAGAGAGACUGUAUUUAACAAAUACAAGGAGUUUGUGAUGCCUUUGGAGGAGGUUGAGUGGGUAGGACUCAGCCUGGAAGAAGCUGUGGAGAAGCAGAGGCUGCUGGAGAAGAAGGACGCUGAGCCUCUGUUUAAAGGCUUCGUGGAGGAGUUGGUGCAGGAGCUUGCCACUCGGAAGCUGUCCGAGCCAGAGAUUGUGGAGAAGAAAUCCUGAAGAGUGGGUCUAGGUAGCCUAGUGUUCAUCUUCUGGUGAGGACCUCAGCGAGAGUAUCCAAGCAGAUCUGCCAGGGUAGAGACGAAUAUCAGAUCCCCACUGCACUGCAGUUUGGCUCAAACUGCUGUGCAAUAGAAGCUUUACUGCCAUCCUUGCAGAGUCCAAGGAACCUAUAGUCAAUGACACACCACUAACCCUAACCCUGUACUCUUCUCCCAGUAAACAUCUGGACUUUAAACAACCCACUAAGUGUUAUGUUUCACAAAUUGCUAUAUCCACAUAUCUGGUUUUGGGUUUCUUCUGUUCGGAAUUCCCGUAUUUAUUUAUUUAAGCUUUGCUUUGUAAGUUUGUUUCUCGAAGAAUCGUAAAAUUCCAAUAAAAUGCAAUGUUUAGUGAAUGAUAUUUAGGCUGGUUUGUUUGUUCAUCUUCUGUAGCUGUUUACCGAUGGAAGUGAAGUUGUUGAAUGUCACAUUGUUUUGCCAGCGUCUUGUAUUGUAGUGGCUAGACGAUCCGAACGGGACUGAAGUUUCGAGUGGGGGGGCGUGGUUUGCGUACUGUUGGAACACCAUCUCUCCAAGCGCCGCUGAUGGUGCACCUCACCUUAAGUGCAGGAUGCGAUAGGGAGAGUUUUAUAUUUCCGACUACAUGAAUGUUCUGAAUCUUAUUAUACUGUCAGCUGGACGAGGUGAAUUCAUUCCAAAUAGCAGUUGUACGGAACCUGUGAUUGAUACAUGCAGGUGAUCUCUGAAUCUCCUGUAAUGUCUAGUUGCUGAUUGGAUUGCAGACUGCAGAUGGAAUUGCCUGCAGCUCCAGUUUGAUAUUGGGUUGAAAUAGGAUUGUCCACCAGAUGGCGCCACGCAACCUACACAUUUUCUAGUGCAGUGCACGUACUUAAACACUAUAGUUACACUGAGACUGUGUGUUUUUGUUGCCUUGUAGUCCUGGAUCCCCUUGUGGUCAGUUGUGAGUUUUGUAUUCAACACUUGUAAUUCUGAAUGAAUUCUGUUACUAGCCCCUGCUGGGCUUCAGGAGGGUAACAGAACCUGGAGAUAUCUGUAGGCGUGCGUCUUUCUUUCAUCGCAUAUUAAUAACAUAAGACAACUUAUCGACAAGAAGAGGGCAUUUUGCCCAUCAGAGCUCGUCCAAUUCCAAGUAGCCAAUUUGAUCUCAAAACUUUGUCAAAUUGGGUUUUAAAGGAUUUCAGUGAUUCACAUGGCUAGGUAGCCCAUUUCAUACCCUUCCCACACUGUGUGAAGAAGUGUCUCCUUCCCUAAGUAUCUCCACUUAUUUCCAAUUGUGUUUUCAGGUCCUGGUUUAAAGUAUUGGUUAGGGGUUAACUUUAUUGUGGUCAUGAGCGAUUGCUGUAGAACCACUGAGUGGGAUGUAGGCUAUACUUGUUAAAGAGGAACUACUGAUGGGGAAAUCAAUCGCAUCAACAAAAGAGAGGUCCUGUUUCUCAUGAAAAAGGCUGUAACUCCAGCUAUCAGUCCAGAAGCACCUAGGAAGAUGCUUCUGAUCAACAGCAUCUCAACAACAAAGAGCAGGCUGCUUUCACAUCAAAAAAAAAAAAAAAAAAAAAAGUCUUUUGUGGUGUUUGUUUUGCUGUGUCGGCAACAUGGAUUUCUGAGGUGUACAGUCCCAAUCCUAUCCCAGUUCCUCUUUCACACAGCGAUUGUGGUCAGAGACACUAAUAAACAUAUGCACGUCACAGGUUGUAUUCUGAGCUGCACACAGUUGUAACAUUGAGGAGAUCUGUACUCUUACUCCAGUCAGCAAAUAUGCAUUACGUAGGGGAGUAACACAGGCCAGCCUACUCUAUUUGAGUGUUUAUUUGGGCCUCAAAGGCCCUUUUCUCACGGGCACAAACUUUUUAUUGUUUUACAAAUGAUUUUUACAAUUGGCAGGUGUCACUAUAUAUCCUAAAUAAUACUUGAACAUCUCGGGCCACAUAUUCAAAAUGAAUUCAUGAGACGCCUGCUGAAGAAUAUCCUUUUAAAGCGUUGCAUUAUUGCAUUUACUCUGGUCCUGUGUUUUUAUUUUUUAGUAAGUCUGUCUUGCUUUAGACGCCUGCCGUAGGCAUGUGUGAUACAGGCUAGAUCAAUCUGUGAUAUCUGGCACAGUAGUCUCCAUGUAUUGGAACACCUCCUAAGGAAACGCCCUUGUGGUGAAGCAGAUUUUUCCCAUUGUAAAUGUUCCUGCUAAAGUAACAGGAACUUUGCUUAAAAGAACUUUUGGCGCUGCUCAAGAUGUGUUCACAACUGACGCAGUACCGUUUUGUAACCUGAUCGCUCCUCAUCAUCAAACUUAAAUUCAAAUGGCUUAUUCAGUCUUUUCAAAAGUUUUGGCGUUUCCCAUUCUGGUGAGCUGCUUCACCACUCUGUCAAAUAAAUUUAUACAUGUAAUGAAUAUUGCAUCUGUACAGGUACUCAUAAUGAACCUAGAGCUGCUGCUAAGGUGUGUAGGGGUGCUGUGUUAAUUUAGUGUGACAGUUUAUUAAUGUUGGUUUGCUUGUUGCUUCAUUAUUAUAGCUUAUUAACAUACACCUGACUAUUGCUUUUCUCUUAUUCUGUUCAUUUCUUAUGUUGAUGCACCUACAUCAUAUCAAGUAAAAAAAAAAAUAAAAAUUAUUUGAUUCA